UUCUUCUCGCCUCGUCGCUACUGCCUGUUAACACCAACUCGAAGGGCAUCCAGUACACAGGGAGCAUGGAACUCAGCACUCCUUCCGACGAUAUCGAAUACUCGCACCUAUCCAUUCCCUACGACGGCAACUGCAAUGGCCAGUCCACUCGACAAAACCAAACACCCGUCAUCAUGUCUUCCAACCCAACCAUCAUCUUAUUCCCAUCUCAUCACCAACGCUCAUGUAUCUUCAACACUCACUAUAGCCUUACCAACAUCCCUUAACCCACGCCCAACAUGUUCAAAAUCCGCGUCCGCACCCCAUCCCCCGUGUCCCGCCUAGCCAGCCCAUCCUCCCCAGACCAAGACUUCCCAACCCAAACCGGCUGCCGUCCAGACUGGACGCUCCCCUCAGACGUGGUCCUAGAAAACCACUUCCAGCCAAAGUUCAUCGCCCUCCUGCGCGCCUCAACGUUCGACAGAACAGGGAAAUGUUUCUGCGCCCUCGUAAUCGCCACAGCAAACGACCUCCUCAGCACCGACCUCACAACCCGCUUCCCCACAAGCGUGAGGGACUUCUUCACCGUCCUACACGCCUUCUGCUCCUCGCCAGGCAUCCACGCGUUCCUCCGCUCCUUCACAAGAUACGACAACAUGCAAGGCCAUCUCGGCGCACACGCAGUGUACAUCACGCAGUGGACGUUUGCGCGGUGGCUGCAGUCGUUUUCCGAGCAGUGCGUCGACCCGGAGCCACAACAAGCAAGGCACAACAGUCCAGAGGCCGCGGAUCUGCCGCGCAUACGCCCGUGGGAGCGCUUCAAGUACGCCGUUAGACAUAUACUCAACGACAAGCAGGGGCGGUUGUGGGUUGAGAGACUGUACAGGGAAGAGCACGGCAGGCCGCGCAUUAUGAGCGUGUAUAAGACUGAGGAUGGGACGUCGAGGCUCGAUUCUGUCAUCCAGCGCGGGUUGUCGCUCGCUGAUCCAGGUGGGAAGAGGAGGUGGUCGGCGCGCUGGCGCGAGGCGCAUCCGUCUGCUGCUGGGGGUGGGGGUGCGGAUGCGGAUGCGGAUGCGCAGGGGAGUGUGCGGGAUAUCGUCGAGGCGUAGCUUGCUCGCGACGAGACGUCCGAGGGUGGUAUGUUGGGUUGAUUUCGCGUGUGGGUUGGUUGCUGACUUUGUGUGGGGGGUAGUCGGUCGUUCUACACUGCCGCUUCAAUGAUCACUGCUUUGGCUGGGUACGAGUAUGACGACGGUUGUAUCGAGUACGACGACGGUUAUAUCGACUACGACGACGGUUACAUCGACUACGA